UGUCAUGUCAUGUGACAUUCCGUUAGCUCUCAACCUUUACCAACAUAUAAUUCACUAUUGAUUUUUAAGACUCCACACAUGUGAUGACAAGUUCAAUUGCCAUUAUAAUUGCUUGGGCACUUAUACUAAAUAACAUACCUGUCUUAUACAGCACUAAUGUAAUCAUCGGAAAAUAUCCCGAGUCUAAAUUAAUAUUCCUAACGAGCGUCUGUUUUCUUUUGAGGAGGAUAAGUUGGUUUCCUAGCGUCUUGUUGACUAAAGUGUACCCUAUAUGUUUAUUUCUGGAGAUACCAUUGUCGCUAUUAACUCUCGAAUGUUCCUUGGUGCAUGUAUGGAAGCCGAUAGAAGAAUUAAUACUCCUAUAUUCUGAUGAUAUCCUGGUCCAACUGAAUGAAAAGGCUCAGUGUGAAUGGAUCAUAUGCUCUCUGUGUUGCGGACAAACCGACUGUUCUCAUAUAUUUUCGAGCCUAAUGCUUAAAAUGAUUAGUUUCAUAUAUUUGCUCACAAUUUAUCUGAUUGACAAAAAAAUAUAAAUGCUCUCCAAUGUCGCGUACAAUAUUGAGAUAGAUUUGUUAUUUGUUAAAUAUUUUUGUGAUCCUGAUAUUUAAUUGUUCUUUAUAAUUAAUAAAAAGUUAUAUAUAUACGCCAUAUUUUAUAGGUGUGAAUUUGAUUGGAUUAU